CUGCUGGACCUCCUGUCACUGUUGGUGAGGGUCCUGCAGCUGUAUCUGCCACCUGCCAAGCUGAGAGCCCAGAGGUCAUGGAGGGUGUGACCUGUAAUGGUUUGCUUUUAGGGUCCCACCCUGGGAAGAUGGCCUACUACAGAAAAUGCAUUGAAACUGUGAUUGAGCAACUGGACAAAUUUAAACCUGAGAAGGACAGUCCUGAGCAGUUCCUGGAGGCUGCGUCCACCUCCCUGCAGACUCUGAGCCCCCAGAGGCAGGCGUUCGUUGUGGACGUUCUGUCCGGCUGCCUGGAGUACCGGAGCUUGCUAGCCGUCGUGGUGGACGCGUUCUACGUGCGGGACGGCCGGCUCUGCCUGUGGGCCGACUACAACCUUUUCGAGGUGAUCUGCUACCUGGCCACUUUCCAGCUGGACGAGCUUGGCUUCCAGCUCUUCUGCAACAUUGUCAAGUCCCAGCCCCUCGACAAGAUGCGCAAGUUUCUCAGGUUCUUCUUCAACCCCUUAAACCUGUGCUCAUGGAUCAAGGACGAGUGGAGCCUCAUCUACGAGAUGGCCCAUGUGAAGGAGAACUGGAUCGACCCCCUGAUGAGGUGGCAGCCGAAGGUCCAAGAGCUGAUCAACCAGCUGGAGGGGGUGUUGACCAAUCAGCCUUCUCUUUCAAAGACCAAGGCCAAGGUCACAGAGCCCAAGGAGUUCAAUCUGACUGCUCCCAGGCCCUGCACCAUCCCAGUGCUGGAGCCAGUCCCCAUCAUGGCCAAGCCAAGACCAGUCCCCAGAAGCACCUACCAGCUGCCCAAGGAGCAGCAGCUGCUGGAGAUGACCAAGAGAUAUAAUCGCCGGAAGGCUGAGGAGCUGCUGCUGAGGGCGAACAUGGAGGAGAUGCGGUGUGCGGUGCCCAGGUCCCGCGGGGAGCCACCGGUGCAGGACUCCAAGAAGAAGCUGCAGCUCCAAUUCCGGCCCCGAAUCCUCAAGACUCCAAAGCUGACCUUCUACAGGCCUAAUGAUGAUGUCCCGGUCAAGCUGAACACUGCCGCCAUCCUGCGAGAAGGGGCCUUAUUCCAGCGGCAGGUGGAGAAAGAGCUGCAGAGAGUGGAUCAGCUUGUGGACGGGGCUGGGGACUUCUCUGAGUUCCUCGAGUGGCAGAAGAAGAUGCAGGCAAAGGCCCGGGAGGAGCAGCUGGCUGCAGGCGAGUGCCGGAGGCUGCAGGGGAAGCUUAGCCACGAGGAGGCUGUCCUGGCCCGGCAGCACCUAGUGCAGGAGAACAAGCAGAAGGCCGACCAGAAGAAGGAGGAGACAGCUGAGCUGAUGCAACAGUGUGCCGAGAGGCGACUCCAGGAGGAAAGGUCCAUGAAGGAGCUGGUGGAGCAGGUGAUGGAGGCACGGAAGAAUGUUCAAGUGGCACAGACAAAGCUCCUGAAAGGCCGACGGCAGAUAGUUCAGGAGGUGAUAGAGGAGAGCCGGGAACUGCUGCAGCGCAGCACAGAGGCAGCCAAGGAGGAGCAGAGGCGGCGCUGUGAGCUCAUCUCCCAGCUGCGAGCCCUGGAAACGCAGCCCACACGCAAGGGCAAGCUCGUGGACCUGACCCAGAUCCCCGGGUAUGGCCUGGAAGGGGAGAUGUCCAUCGUGGAGCUGCGUGAGCGGCUGGCCCUGCUCAAGGAGAUGCAGCGACGCGAGGAGGAAGAGAAGCGGGACCAGAUCAUCCAGGGCAAGCGUGCCAAGAGCCAAGAGCUGCAGAAGGCGGUGGAGCAGAUCUCGCUGUGCCGCGCAGCCAUGGGCAGAUCUGCAGCCUUGAGGUGGGAGGAGAAGAAAGCUCUGUGGGCGGACCCGGGGGCGCCCUCCCAGGACGAGCGCGUGCUCGAGCUGCAGCGCAGGAUCGAGGAGAAGGCGGCCGAGCGCCGCAGGCAAGCGCGCCCGCUGCGCGUAGCGGCGCCUCGGGCCCCGCGCCCCAAGCCGCGGGCGCCGCUGGAGGCGCAGCACUGGCUGGAGUUGGAGCGGAGCCGCGAGCGCAGGCUCCGGGCGCUGCAGCAGGGAGGCUCGGCCUGCGGGCCCGCGAGACGCCUGGAGGCCGCCUGAGCCCGGCAGGCCGCCCCGGACCCCGCGACCCCCGCCCGAAUAAAGCGUGAGGCCGGCGGUGUCUGCCUCCUUUUCCUGGGCCGCGGGUUCCUCUCCAUUCCUGCUCUCUCUCCCCGCCCCUCUGGGCCCCCCCGCCCCCCAGGCUCCAUUCCCCACGCUGCCUCCGCACCCCUGCUCUACGCCGCACCCCGCCCCAGUCUCCAUCUGCCCAGAGUAGGGUUGCCAGAUGAAAUGUAGGACGCCCAGUUAUUGCGUGGGACAAACUUAUGCUAAAAAAAGUAUCUACUCUUCAUCUGGAAUUUAAAUUUCUCUGGGCGUCGUGUAUUUUAUGUUUUAUGUUUAUAUUUUAAAUCUGGCACCCUAGCCCAGAUCCGGGCCCAUACCUCCGGCCCAGCACAAGGCAUUCCCGGCGCCCCCUCUUCUCUGCUCCCAGAGUCCUCUCUGCACGUGGAAACCUGGAAUCCCCACUCUCUGUCUGGAGUCCGGUGGCUUAACCUGGGGACCCCCAAGACUGUGUGUGUAAUUGUGCAUGUGCCUUUGGUUGGAGAAGUGGCCAGGAUUCUUGAGGCACUAGGAACCGGCCCUUCUCAUGCCUUAUCUCAUGUAAACCUCACCGCGAGGGAGGGCGGGCCAGGCUGUACGAACUGUCCCCCACCCCCAUUCUGCUGAGGCCAUUGGUGCUCAAAGCGGUGAAGUGACCUGCCCAGAGAGCCGUCACCGCUGGGACUGAAUCUAAGCCUGGGUGACUUGAGAACACACCCAACUUUCUCCAGCAUCACUGAAGGAACAAGGUUGGGGCCACCAGGCUCGCCCAGGGCUGGGACCAGGAUAAAUUCAUUCUCCUGGGUCCUCGGACCCAGCACUGGGCUGGAAAGGGCAUAGCCUUGAGGACGGGCUGGCUGAGUGAAAGCCAGCUGGUGAAAGGCAGCCUCAGGAAUAAAGCUAGCUGUGCUGCAGCUUCCAGGAAAGAGCGAGUAUGGGCAAGUCCAUGGUGUGGGGGGCAGUAAGGGAGGGGCUGGAAACUGCCAGGUGGACAGAUGUCCAGGAGAGAGAUCCCCCCACACCCCAUAUCCUGGGAGGAGGAGAUGGCAUCUCAGAGGGGGAGGCUGAAUCCCAGGGCACAUUUAGAUCAGGAAGGUGGGCAUCUCACAGUGACAAGAACAGACUAAAGACCAGAGUUCUCCCCCAAAAUUCUGAAUCAUGUCAACCCCAGGACUUUCUCAGCACCUGGGUUGGUAAAGGGAGGAACUUCCCACCUCCCUGUCAAGUUAGAGCUUUUUAAAUUUCAUUAAAAAAAAUAAACAUGACAUUUCUUAUAUUCUGUGUUGUAUGAUUCAAAUCCAUCUCAUUUGAUAUUGAGGGAAUAACAUUGAUGAUGAUCUGUCCAGAGAGCCCCUCAGGAGCUCUGAGGGUUUCAAAAGGGGAAUUAUUAGUUCUCAUAACUGGCAAUCCAAAGGUAGAGUGGACUUCAGGACAUGCCUGAUCCAGGAGCUCCAUCUCCAAGCUGGUAGCAGUUCUAGCCUCCCAACAGGAAGAAGGGCCAUCUCUCCCUGCAGCUCUUAGGAAGGGAAAUCUCUCUGUCCUGGAAGCCUGGUGCGAACAUCCAGUCUCACUGGCCUAAAUUGAACAUGCAGCCAAUUCCUGCAGGGGGAAAGGUCUGCAUGGGUGCCCAAAGCAAGCACUGUGGCAGGAGGGGAGAAUUACCCUUCACCUAUCAGACUGGUCUCUGGAACAGAGGGGAGAGGUGAUGGCCCAAUAAACUCGGGGUGCUUUUGACAACAAUGCUAGUUGGCAGUCCAGAAGGUCCCUACCCAUCCUCCUGGACUGGGCAGCUGCUCAGGGCUCCUUUGAGAGCCCCUGGGGCUUCUGCUCCAUACAGUCCUGGGUGGGAGCAGGCCUUAGGCCAUCCCCUGAGGUUGGGGAUGGCAGAAUGUCUCCUUAUAUCCGUGUUCCUUGCCUUGUGAUCUCCCAUCAAGAGGCGGAGUCUAUUUCCCCCAGCCUUGGAUCUGGGCUGACUUGCUUUGGCCAACAGGGUGCAGCAGAAGUGGCUGUGUGCCAGUUCAGGGCUUGGGCCUCAGGUGGCCUUGGACCUCCCUCUUGUUCUCUCGGAACCCUACCUAGCCCCAAAAUGAGCACGUCCAGGAUGUCCUGCUGGGAUGAGACACCAUGUGGAGGAGAGCCAGUUGUCCCAGUUAACACCAUCCUCGACCACCCUACAGACCCCAACAUGUGAGGCUAGCCAGAACCAGACACCACCCCCCCACGCCCCACUAACUUGUAGAUUCAUGAGCAACAAUAAAUGCCUAUUUGUUUAAAGCAUUGAGCUUUGAGGAAGUUUGUUCUGAAGCAAGAGCUAACUGAUGUGCCCUCAAAAGCCGAAGGCUUUCAUUCACACUGUGGAUCCCUGCCUCCCCCUCCCUGCGUGAGCCCUUUGAGAGAGAAUCAAGUUGCUCCUGGAACAAGGACCAGCUGGGGAGAUAAGGUCCAGCUGAUGCUGAGAAAGCUCUCUGGACCACCUGGGGAACUGACAUUCUGCUUAAGUGUAUUUUCUGCAUAAAGAAAUACCAGUCUUCAGCAAGAAGACCCUCCUUGACAGUAUCUGAAACUCACUUGGUCAAGGGUUCUUUCUUUGGAGAUAGUUAAAAAGCAGAUUCUCAGGCCCCAUCCACAGAGAUUCAGGUUCUGGUAUGAGGCCCAGCAAUCUGCAUUUAGCUGUGUGGCACUGUGGAAGCACCGAGGUGCCAGUCUUUUCUCUAAGCUGGGGACGUUCAGGGCAGGAUGGAGGACUAUUUGUGAGGGAGCCAGGGAUGCUCACGCCACAAGUUCAGUGUCA